AGACAACUCAAGUUUCUUACAACAAAGCAACUCGACUCAAACAGCACGUCCAUGGCUCCUUCUGCGCAACCUCUUCCUAUGAGUGUUUCGGAUGAAAAAUACGCCAAUGUCAAAUGGGAAGAGUUGGCAUUCGGAUUUGUUCGUACGGAUUAUAUGUAUGUUGCGAAGUGCAAUCAUGGUGAGAGUUUUCAAGAGGGAAAGAUUCUUCCUUUUGCUGAUUUGCAACUUAACCCUUGCGCUGCUGUUCUUCAGUAUGGCCAGGGUUUAUAUGAAGGAUUGAAGGCUUACAGGACAGAAGAUGGUCGGAUUCUGCUAUUCCGACCAGACCAAAACGGUCUCCGUAUUCAAGCCGGAGCCGACAGACUCUAUAUGCCUUAUCCUUCGGUCGAUCAAUUUGUCUCCGCCAUCAAACAAGUUGCUCUUGCCAACAAGAAAUGGAUUCCUCCUCCGGGGAAAGGAACAUUGUAUAUCAGGCCUAUCUUGUUUGGAAGUGGUCCGAUUCUUGGUUCAUUUCCUAUUCCUGAGACCACCUUCACAGCGUUUGCUUGUCCUGUUGGACGUUAUCAUAAGGAUAACUCUGGUUUGAAUUUGAAAAUCGAGGAUAAAUUUCGUCGAGCUUUUCCUAGUGGAACUGGUGGUGUAAAGAGCAUCACAAAUUAUUCUCCUGUUUGGAUACCAUUGGCAGAGGCGAAAAAACAAGGUUUCUCUGAUAUUUUGUUUUUGGAUGCUGCAACUGGCAAAAACGUCGAAGAACUUUUCGCAGCUAACAUUUUUAUGCUCAAGGGAAAUGUUGUAUCGACUCCAACAAUUGCAGGAACUAUUUUGCCCGGAGUCACACGAAACUGUGUAAUGGAAUUAUGUCGUGAUUUCGGCUACCAGGUCGAGGAACGUGUGAUUCCUCUAGAGGACUUUCUCGAUGCGGACGAAGCUUUCUGUACUGGGACUGCUUCAAUUGUGACUAGUAUUGCAUCCGUAACCUUCAAAGACAAAAAGACUGCAUUCAAAACAGGAGAAGAAACAUUGGCUGCGAAGCUAUACGAGACGUUGAAUGAUAUCCAGACGGGUCGGGUCGAGGAUACCAAGGGAUGGACGGUGGAGAUUGACCGUUACCACCAGGGUUGAAACUUGAAACCCAAUCCCUUAUAUAUGUGUGUGUAUACAAAACUUAUGUAAGAAACAUCUGAAGAUGUCUCUGAUCUUUGUGUUUGUCAUCAUGAUCAUGCAUGUCAUGUCGUUGCAAUGUAUUUUAUAAAAGUUGAUCUGUAAG